UUGAGACAUCUCUGGUGUAUUGAGAGCCAGACAGUGGAGGAUUAGCAUGGACAUAUCACCCUCUACUGCCCCGACAGAACUCACACAACCACAGCCGCAAGGAGGAAUCACAGCAGCACGACGAAGCAAGGCAACCAUAUUCAUUUAUCCCGUCAAGCCCUUGUAGUGCUGACCAAUUGUAUUGCCCUCCACUGGACCCCAUGGCUAAUCGGUGUGGAAAAAGUAAACCAGCAAGAUGUCAGAGAAAAAGAUGAAUUCGAGUCGCAGGAGUCAUCUGAAGAGUUUGAUGCUCUCAAUUGCAAAAAACAUGCUGGAGCUUGAAGCAGCUACCGCGAAAAAGGAAAAGGAAGCAUAUAUGUCAGAAAAUUGCCCAGAACCUGAUUUAUCUGGGGGUCUUGCGGAGCUGCAGGAAAUGAUCAAAAAGUUGGGCCAGACCGUGGACAAGGUUGAUGAGGAAAGAUAUGACGUAGAAGCAAAAGUGAAGAAGGCAGAUAAAGAGAUUGAGGACCUGAAGUUAAAGGUGGUUGAUCUCCAAGGCAUGAAGAAGCCAGCUCUGAAGAAAGUGCGUUUGUCGGCUGAUGCUAUGCUGUCAGCUCUAUUGGGCUCCAAGCACAAGGUUACCAUAGACUUUAAAGCCAACUUGAAACAAGUGAAGAAGGAAGUCAAAGAGGAGGAGGAAGUUGGAGACUGGCGUAAGAACAUUGAUGAACAGGCUGGCAUGGAUGGCAGGAAGAAGAAGUUUGAAUCUGCAUAAAUGACAUACAUUUUUUCAUCUAGCUUUUUGAUUAUUGUAUUGGACCGUAACAGCGCUAGUCAUUUUGUCAAUUAAUUUACCUUAAAUUAUUUAUUAUGUCAAAAGUAAACAGCAGCUAUGGAAGAUAGCUUUUUUUUUUACCUAGAUGUCCAUCGAUCAUGCCUAAGUGACGUAAUGUAAUAAAUAAUUUGAAGUAAGACAGCA